AUGAGAGAAACAAACACCAGAUAUGAUUCAAUAGUUGGAUUCCUUCGUAUAUGGUUCCUGCACAAGGAAAUUGCUGAUGUCACUUUUGACCCUGAGACUGCAGAUCCAUAUCUCAUUGUGUCUGAAGACGGGAAAGAAGUGAGAGACACAGACACAUGGCAGAGAGGGACGGACAAUCCAAAGAGGUUUGGCCACAGUGUUAUUGUCCUGGCCAGAGAAGGAUUCACGUCAGGGAGACACUACUGGGAGGUGGAGGUCGGGGGGAAGACUAAGUGGACUUUAGGAGUCGCCAGAGAGUCGGUCAACAGGAAGGGGGAGAUUACACUGAGCCCAUAUAAUGGAUACUGGACUGUGUGCCUGAGGAAUGAGAACGAGUACGAGGCUAACACUGACUGUCCUCUCCACCUCCCCCUGAGAGUGAAGCCCCAGACAGUGGGGGUCUUUCUGGACUAUGAUGAAGGUCAGGUCUCCUUUUACAAUGCCCAGUCCCGCUCUCACCUCUACACCUUCACAGACUCCUUCACUGAGCCCCUCUAUCCGUUCUUCAGUCCUGAACUUAAUGACGGUGGUAAAAACGCGGCCCCUCUGGUCAUCUGCCCCCUGCGCACACACUGACCCCUCAGUAUUAAUGUCGUCUGUCCAUCUCUGUGUCAGGUCAGAGCAGCACAAAGCCGAUGGAGACUUUCUUUAACAUUCAGACCACCGAACUCAAAGCCCCCCUGAGGUGUCCUGCUGUUUGCUGCUCGUCUGAUUUUCAUUUUCAGGAUUUCUGUGUUUAAUGAGACAUCAGGACUGAACACUUGGGAUUUUUAAAUGGCGUCGGAUCAAAGCGUCGGCUCCAUAAUCAAAUGUGAAUCUUUAUAAUUUGAUCUGAGGGUCUGAAAAUGAACAGAAAUCCUGAGUGUGCGUCUUUAAUUUGACAUUCAAAGAGGAAUUCAACAAAGAUGGUUGUGUUCUCCACAGCACUGGAUUGGUGUUCUUCAGUCUUUGUGUGACGUCACUUGCUGGUGGUCAGUCCUGAUGACCCUGAGGUGCCCACUUUGUGACAUUAAAAGACUGAGAGGACAUGAAGAGUGUGAGCUGAGCAGAAGAAAUCCGAGACCCUGAAUAUCGAGACCACCGUCCAUUUUGUAACUCGCUUAUCUAAUUCAGGGUCACAGGGGGCUGUCAAUGUGGGGGGGCAACACAGAUAAGAACCAACCUACGACACCAGAGCUGAAGGCCGGACCACCAAUCACUGUGUUACUACGAGACCACCAGUCAGACAAACAUGAAUUCAUAUCUAGCGUUAUAUACUUCUAUUGUUAAACGUGGACUGAAAUACACAACACUGUAAGUCUGUGAGAAGUUCAUCAACACUGAGAUGAGUUUGUGAUGAAAUGAAAUAAAACAGAAAUGAAAAUAAAGAAAGGCAGGAAUUACAAAAAUAAAUCAUCGACAUCAGUGAGGUGUCCUCUGUGAUAAAAUGGCUUCUCAUGAACUUCUCUGAGGGUCCACCUCACAGUCCUGAAACUCCAGCAGACUCGGUGUUCAUAGACUGACACACACAGGUGGUCUGCUGCAGUGGUAGAGUCGGAGUGUGUUACAGAAAUGACAAUAAUAAGUUUAAUUCAUGAACAGAGUGCUAGACGUGACAAAAGAACUGGAGAAACAGAAUUAAAAAAUGGACGACUUCACAGAAAUCAGCACAAUUAAAAAUGACAACAGAAUACAGAAUUGUGUGUGAAUGACACCCUCUUGUGGUCAUGAAGUGUAAUUAAAAUAAUCAAAAAUGGACCAAAAUAUAUCAAUCCA